AUGAGUCUGUUCACUGGUAUAGCGUGCUUUAGUGCAUCUGUACCAACCUCUGUACAACAGGCAUGGGUUACCUAUGGCGGAAGAGUAUUACAGCAGAAAAACGGACAGAAAAAUGUCAAAGCGAGAUUUUACUUCUGCGAUGGCAUGGAAGAUCCAGCGCUGUCUGAGUUUUUGCAGGAGUCCAUCGUCGUUUGUUCUUUCGGGUCCUCUUAUCAUCAUUCAGUAAAUCUUUAUGAUUUUUUGGUCCAUAGGUAUUUCACUCGGGGUGGAUCGCUGAUGCCGUCACAGCCAACUUCCAAACUCCCAUGGCUCGAUAUGUCCUUGAUGGUCCGUUUCACUGGUCACCAGUGCUAUGGGCUCACUUCAUCCUGUGACGCAGGGCGAUACCGCGUCAACCAUCACACCUCGCAAAAACAUCCCACUUCCAAGACCCCUCCCGUCACUCCUGACCAAGCAGAGAAGCUGCCAGCCUACUCUCCCCCACGCGCACGUAAAAAACACCAGGACCCUCCACCCGCGACCGGAAACAAUUCUACUUCCUCGGAACCCGAGAAAUCCACUUCUGUUCUUCCUCAUUCUGAUGUUUCCAAGAAGCGCCAAUUGCCUAUUGAUGAGGACGAGUCGCAAGCUGACAACCGGCCUCAGAAGAAAGUUCGCAUCGUCAAAUUCCUCCCCAAAGAUCCAGCUCGGAAGAAGGAAGAUCACCCUCACAAAGAAAUCAAUAAACCUGCAACGGUCCCGAACCUCGAUCUGCGCAAGUUCUCCGUCCCGUCGAAGACCUUUUUCAAGUACAAGAAGAUUCCGGACACCACACAGAAAGCACAGCAAGACGAGAACAUUUCCGAAAGGCACGAAUUUUGGAAGACUAUCCUCGACCCAACCACUACUUCUCCCACUGUCUCCGUCUCUACGGCCCUCCAGGCCCUUCGCGAGGCGCCGAUCGCUACCAAGGCCGUACGAUUCAAGCCAGGUCUGCAGCACAUGGGGAAGGAAUUCCGCUGCUACUAUGCGCUCGAAUGA